AUGUCUUCAUCACUGACGGCGACGUCUACAGCACCCCAAGGGAUCAACACCAUCUCGGCAUCGUCCACAAAAAUCACAACAGAACCCAGGCGGAUAGCUGUCAUUGGUGCUGGCAUCAGUGGUAUAGCAACAGCGGCACACCUUCUCCAGCAGAACCGCAAGCAUGGGAACCCUCUGUUCGACGUCACAAUCUUUGAGAGGUCCGAGUUCGUCGGCGGCGUCUGGGAAUAUGAUACCCGGCGACCUAUAGAGCCAGGAUAUCCCAACGACAACUUGGACUACGAGUCCGCCCGUCUCCGUCACGCGCCACCAGGACCGGCGUACAAGGGGCUCAGGAACAACGUCCCCACAUCGCUCAUGCACAGCACGUUGCUGGCCUGGCCCGAGGGCACCGAGGAUUUUGUCGGCCAGGAGUUGAUUGUCAACUACAUCCGCGACCUUGCAGAAAUCACGAAGGCGAAAGAGCACUUGGUGCUUGGCACCAGCGUAGAGAGUAUCUGGAAGGAGGAGACCAGGGAAUCGGACGUAAACCCGAUCUUCUCACACGCUACACACGAGUUCGACGCGGUGGUCGUGGCCAGUGGACACUAUCAUGUUCCGCGGGUCCCAGACAUACCAGGCCUCAAAGGAUAUCGAGAUGCCUUCCCAGAGACAGUGACCCACGCCAAAGGCUACCGCACGCCAGAGCAGUACAUCGGCAGCACGGUACUCAUAAUUGGCAGUUCUGCAUCGUCACAUGACAUCUCCAAGGAACUCGCCCUGGAGGGAAAGACGGUAUACGUCAGUUCUAGGGGCGGACAAUGGGACAUUGGCGCGCCAGAGCCAGCCAUUCGAGUGGGUGGUAUAGAGAGCUUCGAAGUCAAGCGCGGCAUCAUCCGCUUCAGAGAUGGCAACGUCCUUCACGACAUCGACCACGUCAUCCUGGCGACGGGCUAUCUCACCUCGUACCCGUUUCUCGGGCCACGCUUGCAGAACCCCGAGGUCCCGGCUGAACAAGCCGACGACAAGAUCGUUGUCACCAGAGAUGGCCUGCUCACGCAUAACCUGCACAGGGACAUAUGGUACAUCCCGGACCCGUCGCUUGCAUUCGUCGGCGUCGUGUUUCACACCUCCACGUUCAGCAUGUUUGACUUCCAGGGCAGUGUCGUGGCGAAGGUCUUGGCUGGGGAAGCAGAGCUGCCGAGCAAAGAGAUAAUGAGAGCCGAGUACAUUGCGCGGAAGGCAGCGGCUUUCGCGGCAGCUGGACCAGCAGCUGGGAAUAGUGCUGCUGAAAGCGUGACAGCAAAUCAGCAACAGCAGCAGUCUUUGCGCAGCUUUCACAGCUUGAUGGGCCGCGAGACGGUGUAUAUCGAUGAAGUCUUGGAUUGGGUCAAUUCAGAAGCGCGCAGGCUUGGGCUGCCAGAGAUGAAAGCGCUCAGUGAGAAGUGGUACCGACGGUAUGAUGAGUUUCGAGAGCAGAUCAAGGCCCGCAGGCUCGCUCUUGCGGGGCCACCCACCGGAGGCGUCGUUUUUGGACCAUUGGAGAGAGCGCAAAGGGAACAAGCUAAGGGCACCGAGCUUGUCGCGGAUAAUGCUCGGGCUGAGGCCUACAAGAGGCUGGAGAGCGAGGCUGGGCAGGCUGUCACAGUCGCACACUAG